AUGGAACCCACCAACAUGUCAUAUCUGAACCCAAGGACACUGAUCCUGAUUGGGAUCCCUGGACUGGAGCACGUACAGUUUGGAGUUGGCUUUCCCAUCUUUGGCUUGUGCCUGGUGACCCUGCUGGGGAACAUCUUCUUGCUAAUCGUUAUCUCUACAGAACGCAGUCUACACAAACCCAUGUACAUCUUCCUGGCAGUAUUGGCAGCCACUGACCUAGGUCUCUGUGUAACCAUUGCUCCUAAAAUGUUGGCCAUCUUCUGGUUUGGCUCUUGUUUAAUGGAUUUUGAUGUCUGUCUCAUCCAACUCUUCUUCAUUCACACCUUUCAGGGCAUGGAAUCUGGCAUCCUGCUGGCAAUGGCCUUUGAUCGCUAUGUUGCCAUCUGUGAUCCUUUGAGGCACAGCUCCAUCCUCACGCCUUUCUUUGUAGUUCGGGUGGUGCUUAUGGUGGCAAUUCGGGCAACAGUGCUUGUUGGAAUUUUACCCAUUCUCCUUAAACGACUUCAGCAUUUCUAUUCUGUAAUUAUUGUCCAUUCUUACUGUGAACACAUGGCUGUGGUCAAACUGGCUGCAGAAGAUGUUCAUAUGAACAAAUCAUUUGGGCUCUUUGUGGCUUUUGCAAUUCUAGGUUUUGACAUGAUUUUUGUCUUCAUCUCCUAUAUUCUGAUUUUUCAGGCUGUUUUUGUUCUUCCCCAGAAGGAGGCACGGAUCAAAGCAUUCAACACUUGCAUUCCUCAUAUUAUUGUGUUCCUGGAGUUUUAUAUCCUUGCCUUUUUUUCUUUCUUCAGCCAUCGUUUUGGCCAUGUACCACCUUAUGUCCACAUCAUCUUGUCUACCCUCUACCUGCUUGUUCCCGCUGCCCUUAACCCCAUUGUCUAUGGCAUGAAGACCAAGGAGAUCCGCAGGCAGCUUGCCCUUAUUUGCAUUCUGAAACCUGACGUUUAG